AUCAAGUCCCACGAAAGUAUUCAAGUGAGAAGAAUCAGAGACAGGCAAAAUAUCUGUGCCAAAGGGUUUUUGCCCUUUCAGGUAAACCCAGAAUCAGGUCGCCCAUCCAAAACCCUACCACCAGCCUCAGCAUCCACCUCAAAUCAGGUAGUUGUUCUUCUUUUUUUAUUUCUCUUACAACUCUCUGUUAGAUUCUAUUACUUGGUUGCCUGUAUUACUACAACUGUAAUCUUUAUCCAUUUCUAGUCCUUCAACAUGGAACUCAAAUUUUUGCUGUCCUCUUCCAAUGCCUUACCAUUUAAUUCUUUACCUUUCUUCGUCUCAUACAAUUCUAAGUUUCUUGAGAGACCCAACUUCUCAGUUAAAUCCCAUUUAUCUAAUUCGACAAUAGAACGGUCACACUUCUGGGGCAAAAGUUUGGUUUUUCAAGAGAAAAUUGGUCCCUUUGGUAGAACCCUGAGAAAAACCCAUGUCCCUUUUCAACCAGUGAGAGCUGUUGUGAAGAGACGAAAAGAACUUCCCUUUGAUAACGUGAUUCAAAGGGACAAGAAGCUUAAAUUAGUAUUGAAGAUAAGGAAGAUUCUUGUGAAUCAACCUGAUAGAAUUAUGGAACUUAGGCAAUUGGGUAGGUUCAGAAGAGAAUUGGGUGUUAAGAAACAGCGUCGAUUUAUUGCUUUGUUGAAGAAAUUCCCUGCUGUGUUUGAUAUUGUGCAAGAAGGGGCUUUUUCAUUGAAAUUCAAACUGACACCUGAGGCAGAAAGACUCUACCUUGAGGAGUUGAAAGUUAGGAAUGAGAUGGAAGAUUUGCUGGUUGUUAAGCUAAGAAAAUUAUUGAUGAUGUCAUUGGAGAAACGGAUUUUGUUGGAGAAAAUAGCCCAUUUGAAGACGGACUUUGGAUUACCAACAGAGUUUCGUGACACAAUAUGUCAUAGAUACCCACAAUAUUUUAGAGUUGUUGCAACUGAAAGGGGGCCUGCACUAGAAUUAACUCAUUGGGAUCCUGAGCUUGCAGUAUCUGCUGCUGAAUUAUCAGAAGAGGAGAACAGAGCUAGAGAACUGGAAGAAAGAGAUCUCAUCAUUGAUAGACCACCAAAAUUCAAUAGGGUGAAGUUGCCCAAGGGUUUACAGCUUUCUAAGAGUGAAAUGAGAAAUAUUUCUAAGUUCAGAGAUAUGCCUUACAUAUCUCCUUAUUCAGAUUUUUCCCAUUUGAGGUCAGGUACACCGGAGAAGGAAAAACAUGCUUGUGGGGUUGUGCAUGAGAUUUUGAGUCUCACUGUUGAGAAGCGAACCCUUGUGGAUCACCUUACUCAUUUUCGAGAGGAGUUCAGAUUCUCUCAGCAGGUGAGGGGGAUGCUAAUAAGGCACCCUGAUAUGUUCUACGUGUCCUUGAAGGGUGAUAGGGAUUCAGUUUUCCUCAGGGAAGCAUAUCGUGAUUCUCAUUUGGUUGACAAAGACCGCCUGUUACUUAUCAAAGAGAAGUUUCGUGCUCUUGUUAAUGUUCCUAGAUUUCCAAGGCGGGGUGCUCCCAGCAACGGUGCUCCCAGCAGGGGUGCUGAGAGAGAAAAUGGUACUGAUGAGCUAGAAGAUGGAAGUGGUGAGGAGGUUGAAGAUUGGUCUGAUAUUGACAGUUACAUGGCUGGCGAUGGACUUGAUGACGACGACGAUGAUGAUGGUAAUGACUAUGAAGACGAUUGGAGUGAUGAAGAUGAUGAUACACCUCCAGAUUUUGACGAAAAUGUGAAAAUUCAUCUGAGCAAAUCAAUUAACCACUCAGAUAAGUCAACAAAGAAUGAAGAGAAGGUGCCAGAACCUGCUUUUCCAGAUGGCCGGCCAAGAGAACGUUGGUGAAUGAGAUGCAAAUCUGCUUUACGCAUUGAGGGCCCUAUCCUAGUCCAAAGAUAUAGCUCCAAGAGGUUGCCUACCGUUAGGCCGGUGGUCAUAAUAGAUAGAUUUUCAGGGGAGAAAGAUGUACUUGACUACUUAACUAUAGCAUCCUGCAAUAUUGUAAGGCCUCAACACAUGUUUGUGAACAAUGUAUUUAGGAAAUUGUUGCAAAUGUAGACAUGGAUGGAAUUGUCAAACUUUCUAAUGAAAGGCAAGACACUCCAUAGGCACCCUGAGACACAAUCACAUAAAGGUUUUUCAUUGCCAACAUCGUUGCUGGUUUUAUUAAAUGAACUAAAGGCAACUCUUGCUCA